AUGAAUCCAUUUUUCAAUAAAUAAUUUGGCUAAUUCCCUCCAAAAUAAUUCCCUCAAGGUAAAUACCCUCCAUAAUAAGAAUUUUAACAGCACCCACCUCAAACUCAACAAGGAUAUUAAUAGUAUCCUCCUUAACAAUAAGGAUAUCAACAAUAUCCUCCUUAACAAUAAGAAUAUCAACAAUAUCCUCCUUAACAAUAAGGAUAUCAACAAAAUCCUCCUUAACAAUAAGGAUAUUAACAAUAUCCUCCUUAACAAUAAGGAUAUUAACAAUAUCCUCCUCAAAACCAGUAGCAAUAUCCUCCACAGAAUUAUCCCCCCAAUGCUCAACAAGGCUCUUAUGGUUAAUAUCCUCCUCCUCCCUAAUAAUUUGGUAACUAGCCUCCUCCACCUUAAUUUAAUGGCUAGUCAUAAAAUACUAGUUAAGAUUAAACAUAGUGUAAUAAUAACCAUCCUAAUUACACUAAAGAUAGAUUAGAAUAAGGCAAAACAUUAGACCAAGACAAGUGGCUAGUUUCCUAAAAUUAAAAAUUCUAAGCAGGAAUUUAAGAAGAUGGUAACUUAGUAGUUUUCUCUUUAGUUAAUAACUAGCGUAUUUGCACAUUUUCAUCAAUGAACAAAAAAUAGGGAACUGCUCCUCAUAAAUUGGCAUUAUUUUCAAAUGGUAACUUGGAAAUAAAAGAAUAUCGUAAUGCUGUAUUGUGGUAAUCAGAUACUACUAAUUAAGGUACUGGUCCAUAUAUUCUUAUCAUGCAGAAUGAUGGUAAUUUAGUAUUGUUUGAUAGAAAUAAAAAUGUCACAUGGAAUACAAAUACUAAAAGUAAUUACCCUGUUACUGAUUAACCUAAGUGCAACAACAAUCAUGGUAAUUACACAAAAGAUAGAUUGAAAUAGGGUAGCAGAUUAGAAUAAGACAAAUGGUUGGUUUCUUAAAACUAGAAGUAUUAUGCAGGAGUUUAAGCAGAUGGUAAUUUAGUAAUUUCUACUAAUUAAAACUUCAGUCCUUACAGCUGUAUUUGGUAAUCUAUGACUAAGAAAAAAGGAAAUGCACCUAAUUGCUUGGUACUUGAAAGUAACGGCUCAAUGAGAGUUUAAGAUUAUCGUAAUGCCACAUUGUGGGAUAGCGAUACCUUAAAUUAAGGUAUGGGUCCUUUUACUCUUAUCAUGUAAAAUGAUGGUAACUUAGCUUUAUUUGACAGAAAUGAUAGAAUUACAUGGUGUACUAAUACAUCAAGAGAAUGA